AUGACAGAGGCACCAUUUAGACCACGUGAAAAGCUUAUUGAGAGGCAGAAAUAUUUUCAAAGCAUUCACAAACACACGUACCUGAAAGCUAUGGAUAAGAUCACUUCUGUUGCAAUUCCUCUUGCUUUGGCAGUUUCUUCGAUGUACUUAAUUGGAAGAGGGAUCUAUAACAUGUCUCAUGGAAUUGGGAAAAAGGAAUGAAUGGCCGCCUUUUCAUGGUGAAUCAUAAGGUCAUCUACCGAUAUUCAAAAGGAAGGACUAUGGGCUGUUUAAAUUAGCAUUGUUUUCAAAGUUUGUAUUCAUUUUCCCUAAUAAUUUGCAUAGUUGCAGCCACUUUUUUGCUCUCAUUAUAAAUGGAAACACACCGGUGAUGAAUUUGCUGUUUGUUUUGGCUUUUAAUGCCAAUGAUCAAAUCUUUUGGUUUGUCUGGUUUGUAAACGCAUGAUUCUUGUUAUUUCAUUGCCUUCGAAUUUCGGGUUCUUUUUAAAGGGCUCAACGGAUGAGAAAUUGAAUGAAGUGUAUUACACAAUAGCUUUGGAAAA